CGGCACUACGUCGAAAUCCGAAUCCUUUUUUCCACUACAAAUUAACAAAGCAAGACAAAAAUAAUACAGAGUAUAAUUAAACAGUAAUAAUGGCCUUCCUAAUACUCGUUUAACUAAAAAGAAUUAUACAACAAUCUCUUCUUCAACAAUCUACAGCAACAAAUAAAACGCGGCGUGUAAUUGAAAUACAGCUUCAAACUGAGUUAGCUACAUAUCCAAGGAAAUGUGCGUGAAGUGACGGGGCCACAUAAAGGCAAGCAAUUUGGUUCAGUGGCCCUCUCUGAGAAAUUGGGCGAAAAUAUAAUUACCCAACCAUACGAAUACGACUACAUUCGUCGGGUUCGACCAAAAUGCGCGUUGAGUAUUUUGGCCAUCGGAAGAAUUGAUUUAUAUAUUCGCUCGGCUCCCUUCUAUUUUUGCUGGCACCCUAAAAUGGCUACAUAUUCGCCCAUGUGCCUGCUGUUAUUAGCCAGUGUUGGUUGCAGCUUAGCCGCACCACCACAGCAACAGCAACUUCAGCCUGAACUGACCAGCAUGCAUCAACAACAAAAACAUUCCAAUGCCAUAAUGGGCGAGGCAGGCGUUAGUAAUUCACAGAUAUUACUGCCCUCGGUAACUGCACAUGGCGGCGCUGGUGGGCUGAUGGGUAUGGGUGGUGACGUUGUCUACGAUGCACCCGAUGACUGCCACUUUUUACCCGCCGCAGACCUAAGGCACCCUGAUGUAGCGCUAACGUGCAGUCUGCGUACAGUAAACAGCGAAUUUGAUACAACGAACUUCAGUGUGAUUCCUGCUGAGCAUACGGUAGCAUUACACAUACUCUGCAAUGACGAAAUCAUGACCAAAAGCAAACUAAAGGAGCACUCAUUUGCACACCUGUCUCAACUGCAACAAUUGUCUAUAGAAUACUGCAAGCUGGAGAAGUUUGGGCGUUAUGUACUAUCCGGAAUGGAACAUCUGCGCAAUCUUACUGUGCGUACACAUAAUACACUUUGGCCAGCCCUAAACUUUGAGAUUGAACCGGAAGCCUUCGUUGUGGCUAAGCAGCUUGAGCGCCUUGACUUGUCUUCAAAUAAUAUAUGGUCCCUGCCUGACAACAUAUUUUGCACUCUGACUGCAUUGUCUGCCUUAAAUAUGAGUGAGAAUCGCCUGCAAGAUGUUAAUGAGUUGGGGUUCAGAGAUCACUCUAAGGAAGCUCCUAGUACUUCCACGGAUACAUUUACCACUCAGGCUAGUAAGCGCAUAAUUCAUACAUCCUGCAGUCUGGACUUGGAGCUAUUGGAUGUUAGUUUUAAUCACUUUGUACUACUACCUGCCAGUGGUUUUGGUAUGUUGCGACGAUUACGGAUACUGCAAGUGAAUAAUAAUGAAAUUUCGAUGAUAGCGGACAAAGCUUUGGCUGGUCUAAAAAAUUUACAAGUGCUCAAUUUGAGUUCAAAUAAAAUUGUUGCACUCCCAUCUGAGCUUUUUGGGGAGCAAAGCAAAACAAUCCAGGAGGUCUACCUGCAGAAUAAUUCUAUCAGUGUAUUAUCGCCACAGCUGUUUUCCAAUCUUGAUCAACUUCAAACUUUGGAUUUGUCCUUCAAUCAAAUUACAUCCACUUGGAUUGAUCGCAACACUUUUGUGGGCCUUAUUCGGCUUGUUUUGCUAAAUUUGUCCCACAAUAAAUUAAGCAAAUUGGAGCCCGAGAUUUUUAGUGAUUUGUAUACCCUUCAAAUAUUAAAUUUGCGCUAUAAUCAAUUGGAAAGUAUAUCUGCCGAUACAUUUGCGCCCAUGAACAAUCUGCACACGUUACUUCUCUCUCACAAUAGGCUGAAUUAUUUAGAUGCCUAUGCUCUUAAUGGACUAUAUGUGCUCUCACUGCUUUCUUUAGAUAACAAUGCAUUAAUAGGAGUACAUCCUGAUGCCUUCCGCAACUGCAGUGCUUUGCAGGAUUUAAAUCUGAACGGGAAUCAGCUGAAAACUGUACCGCUUGCCAUGCGAAAUUUACGACUGCUUCGCACUGUCGACCUAGGAGAAAAUAUGAUAACGAUUUUGGAGGACAAUGCCUUCAAAGGUCUAGGAAAUUUGUACGGCCUACGACUCAUUGGAAAUUAUUUAGAAAAUAUAACGAUGCACACUUUUCGAGAUUUACCAAGCUUGCAAAUUUUGAACUUGGCCAGAAAUCGCGUGUCUGUCGUAGAACCUGGCGCGUUUGAUAUAAUCUCCAGCAUUCAGGCAAUUCGUUUGGAUGGAAAUGAGCUGGCUGAUAUCAAUGGGCUUUUCAGCAAUAUGCCUUCGUUACUUUGGUUGAAUAUUUCUGAUAACCGAAUAGAAGAAUUUGAUUAUUGGUACAUACCUGGUACAUUGCAAUGGUUGGACUUACAUAAAAAUUGUUUACGAACACUUCUUAAUCGCUACGGCUUUAAAACAGGGCUGCGGCUACAAACUCUUGAUGUAAGCUUUAAUCAAAUACAAGAAAUCUCCCCUGCUUCCAUUCCGAACUCAAUAGAGCUGCUGUUUCUCAAUGACAAUAUGAUCACUACCGUAGAUCCUGAUACUUUUAUACAAAAGACAAAUUUAACACGUGUCGAUCUCUAUGCCAAUCAAAUCACUACGCUGGACAUUAAGUCACUCCGAAUUUCGUCAGUUCAGGAGCAUCGUACUCUCCCUGAGUUCUACAUAGGUGGAAAUCCAUUCACAUGUGACUGCACCAUCGACUGGCUUCAGAAGAUCAAUCUUAUCACAUCUCGCCAGUAUCCACGCAUUAUGGACUUAGAUACAAUUUACUGCAAACUUUUAAAUAGUCGGGAACAUCCUUACAUACCGCUAAUGGAAGCCGAGCCGAAGCACUUCCUUUGCUCGUAUAAAACACACUGCUUCGCCGUCUGUCACUGCUGCGAGUUUGAUGCGUGUGAUUGCGAAAUGACGUGCCCCAAUAAUUGCACCUGCUUCCAUGACCAAACCUGGUCUACCAAUAUUGUGGAGUGCUCUAGCGCUGGAUAUUUGAAAAUGCCCCGCCGUGUACCUAUGGACACCACCGAGCUUUACAUUGAUGGCAAUUAUCUUGUAGAGCUGGCCGGCCAUUCGUUCUUGGGACGCAAAAACUUGGUCGUCCUUUAUGCAAAUAGCUCCAAUCUGCGCAAAAUGUACAACACCACAUUCAGUGGACUAAAAAGACUUCUCGUUCUUCACCUCGAAAACAAUAAUUUAUAUUCACUGGAAGGCAGUGAGUUUCAACACCUUGAAAGCCUGCGUGAGCUAUACUUGCAGCAAAACAAGAUAGUCAGCAUAGCUAACGGAAGCUUUCAAAUGCUUCUAAAACUAGAAGUGUUGCGUCUCGAUGGAAAUCGCCUUAUUUAUUUUGAGGUCUGGCAGCUUUUGGGCAAUCCCUAUCUAGUGGAGAUAAGCUUGGCUGAUAAUCAAUGGUCCUGUGAGUGUGGUUACCUGGCACGUUUUCGCAAUUAUCUCUCGCACAACUCUGAAAAAAUAAUUGACGCCGCUCGAGUCAGUUGCAUUUACAACAAUGCCACCAGCGUUUUACGUGAAAAGAAUGGAACCAAGUGCACCCUACGUGAUGGUGUCGCUCACUACAUACACACAAAUCGAAUCGAGGAGCUUUUGCCAUUACUGCUUGUGGCAACUUGUGCCUUCAUAUGCUUCUUUGGGCUCAUAUUUGGUUUAUUUUGCUACCGCCAUGAGUUCAAGCUAUGGGCACAGUCAAGCUGCUUGUUGAAUAAGUGCUACAAUUCAACGCCUUUUAUUGACCAGCUAGACAAGGACCGACCCAAUGAUGCAUACUUUGCAUAUAGUCUUCAAGAUGAGCACUUUGUGAACCAAAUAUUGGCUAGCACGCUUGAGAGCGAUAUCGGAUACCGACUCUGUCUACACUACCGUGAUGUAAACAUCAAUGCUUACAUCACAGACGCUCUUGUUGAGGCCGCUGAAAGUGCUAAGCAGCUCGUCUUGGUGCUAUCAAAAAAUUUACUUUACAACGAAUGGACUCGCUUUGAAUACAAGAGCGCGCUGCACGAGCUUAUGAAGCGUCGAAAGCGAAUGGUCAUUAUCUUGUAUGGCGAUCUGCCACAACGUGAUAUAGAUGUGGACAUGCGUCAUUACUUGCGUACGAGCACGUGCAUUGAGUGGGACGACAAGAAAUUCUGGCAAAAACUUCGCAUAGCACUACCCCAGUCGCAUUUACGGGAAGGCAACAGCAGACAUAAACUGAACAGUCGGACAUCGGCCCACAUUGGCGAUAAGAUAUACGCUGAAUGCAAUAACUACGCAACUAUUAAUGAGUGCACUCGAGGAUAUAAAUCUAUUCCAACCUCGGCGGCGACCACAGCGGCUACAUGUAAAUUUAACACUAUGAAUCAACUUACCAAAAAGCAACAGCAAAUAGCAGUCUCCCUGGCUACCACGGCAAAAACGCUCGAACACCAGCAUCAGCGACGUAAUCAUCACGAAUACGCCGUGCCGGCGUAUUUUCCAGUACCUACGCCGCAAGUUCAGCAGGUGCCAGCCUAUGACUAUAUAGACUAUACGAAGCAACAGACACUAAAGCCCGCAAUAGUAACCAACUGCGAGUGCAUGGAAUCGGCAAAAAAAUCAGCCCCCGUGAGAACAAUGAAGGUAGAAAGUGACCUGCCAAACUUUAUGGCUCCACCAUUUGGCAACAAUAGCGAUAGCAAUUUAAGGAAGCCCUGUAACUGCAACGCGACUGAUCAGCUACUGUGCGGCUGCGGUGGUCUACAAAGCGGCACUCAGAGUAGCGCAACUAUGAGCAGCAACUCAAACAAUAGUCGGCAGCCCGAACUGACGGGAUAUGAGUCAAACAUCUCCCUCAAUGAGCUCGAUGCCCUAGAUCUAAACAACGGGGCUGGUGAAGACAGCGACGAUGGAGCUUUGAAACCUUUGUCUGAGCAGUGGGCGUAACGGCUGUAGCAGAAAGUAGAAAUAGCUGUAAACUAACAAAAUCAGAAUGUAAGCCUAGUUCAUUUGUAAGUAGGAUAUAAAAAGUGUUGUACUUAUAUAUGUCAGUACUAUCUGGCGAUAGGACAGCGCAUACUCUGUUCAACAAUUUGUUUCAUAGGCGGUGGUUAUUGUUAAGCAGACUGAUAUUUUAGUUCUUUAUUUGUAUUUUUGUUGGAAUUAAUUAACACAUUAAUUAUUGACGAUUUAAAGUCUACACCUGUAAA